AUUAAGUUCUCGACUCCUGCGAGUGAGACAUCAAGUCACAAGUGGGCAAUGAAUCCAAAUAGUAGAUACAACGGACCGAAUAUCUUACUUGAGCUCAAACAAGCCCGCGCAGAUUUUCGUCAGGCUUGCCAGGGAGAAGAGCAAUUAAAAAAAUCACAGGUAAGCUUAUAAAGAAACAAUGAUUAUUUUUGUGAAGCAGAGUGAAAUCGUAACGAUUUGAACGAGAGAACUUUCGAAGAAUAUUUAUAUUAAGCAUAGAUGCUAUAAUAGUAUCUUGUAGAAUUCAUAUUUGGUAUAGAACAACAAUAAUCUUUUGUACAUGUAUUUAAGCGACAGAGUACAACGAUGAGACAAAACUGAGCAAUUUCUGCCAAUGAUUGUCAUUUUGCCGAUUAUUGAAAAAGAUUAUGUCACAUUUUCUUCGAUUUCUUUUUCUAGUUUCAUAAUUUCGUUUUUAAUUAUUUUUAUUCUAAGAAUAUUAAAGUACACAGGAAGCAGAAAUAUUUCUUCAUUCAAAUUGUGUUUAUAGGAACACUGUCAUAAACUUGAUCAUGUCUCUGAAUAUUGUAUUUUGUAAGGUUUCACUGUAGCACCUGUAAGAACGAUAAACAAUUACCGAGGAUUAGUUUCAAACCUCUUUUCUUCCAUUUGCAACCUUUAUACAGCACCAGUUUCACUUACUUGAACAAUGCUUAUAGAAUGUAACUUACAGUUACCAUUAAUAUCAUUAUUAUUAUUAUUAUUAUUAUUAUUGUUAUUGUUAAUGUUACAAUUAUGUAGGAGCAUCUAAUUUAUCAGAGCUUGUUUGAAUGAAGCCCUGACAUUGUUAAGUUUUCUUCAUGAGUGACCAGCUGUAGAUACCUUGUUAGAAGCCCCUUGUGGAAGGGACGGGAGGGGAGGGGGGUUACUUGGGAUAAUCUUUGUCGGGUCUCUGCCACCACUAGCCUCUCAGAACCCCUACCCCAUUACAGUGGCCAUAUUAUAGACCCCAUCUUAGUCACUUUAGAAAAAACGUGAUCCCAACUUAGUGACUGUCUGUUUAUGCAUCUACCUUAUAACACCUUUUGAGCAGGUCAUCCAUAAAUUAACUGACAUGUUUGUUAAAUUUAAUGUGGUGUAAAUCUUCCUAAUACCUAAUUUUUCUGACCCCCAAAAUCCUGAAAACGUGCGACCCCAUUCUAUAACUCUUAAAUAAAAGAAAUAUAAAAGUCAAUCCAGUCGUGAAAAUACGACCCCAUCCAGCAGCACGUACCUGUUAGCGUACUUCUAGGAAGUAAACCCCCUCCCCUCCCCUCCCCUCCCCCCGGGCUGGAAGUCUGUUUAGCCUCUAAGGUUUUUUUUGUAAGGGCAAAAAACGAUAGAGGGUUUCCCCUGAGGGAACUCAAGUGAAGCGAAUAUUAUAGGGACAUGUAUAAAACUUAUAUUUAUGGAUCAGACAUGAAGCAGGGGUAAUUCGGUUUCAUAAACUUUUAACUGUAAGCUACAUCUCUUUGCUGAACUCUUAGUUUGUAGUAUCCUGCAUUGCAUGUCGUAAUUGAAUUGAUGUCUCGUCACAGAAAUGACAGAGUAAGCUGAGCUGACUAGCAUAUCCCUGUAGGAUAACAAGUAAAAACAUUAAUUUGUAACUAUUUUAUAUUAGAAAAUGAGAACUCAACAUCCAUUUUAAUGUGUAUAAAUAAUAAAAAAUUGCUUCACUUUUUUAGGCUGAGAGACACAUUUGGGCUCUCAAAGGACUGUACAAAGUAGUAACCAAAAGCAAUCCGCCGGACACUGAAAACGAGAGUGAAUUAUCGGGCCUGGAGCAAACGGAAGAAGAGACAACAAAGCAAGCGAAAGCCUUCAUAAAAGAAACAAAACUAAGAAGAUCUGAGAAUAGUUCUGGUUCUCGAUCAAUAAGCAGGAAAAGAAAAUUGCCCCAAAGUCACUCAAGAUCAAGGACCCCAAAAAUGAGCAAGGAAGAUAAUACAGACAACAGUCAAUCGGAAUCUUCAGAAAGUACAGAAAGCAACGACGAGGAAGAUGAAGAGAAGGAUGCGAAACCAAAUAAAAGAAACAAAUUUCGUUGCCCUCUUCGCGGCUGUGGCUCCAAAGUAUAUAAGCUCCCUCGUCAUUUAAAGAAUGUGCAUGGCUGGAGUGCCGAAAGAGCCAGAAAUGCUGUUAAUCAAUUUGACAUGCGCCACGACCAACGAAACUCGAAGAAGCCAAAAGAAGUGAGGAAUAAGAGAAGGAGAAAAGUCUGUUGCGAGUGUGGGCGCAAGCAAAGGUAUCUAUCAAAACACUUACAGAAGCAGCACGGGUACAUACAAGGCACAAAGAGGUAUUGGAAGGCUCUUAAAGAAUCCCGGCCUGUCUAUCAGUCCAGUGCUUCUUUCGCUCAGAAUUUUGUCGAGAUAGAAGGUGACUCACCAGGUGAAGAAGCUACUGAAAAAAGUAACCAGUUCAAGGAGAGUAAAAAAAAUGCUGCACCUAGAGGACAUAUGAAUGACGACACAGGGACCUUGGGGGCAACCAGUUCAACUUCGACUGUAGACAAAGUGAUUGUUGUAGAAUCGGCAAGUGAUGGUGAAGACGACCUUGAAUAUUUAGAGGAGUGUGCAGAAAGCGAUGAUGCUGUGGAGGUCCAAACUGAAGCUUGUGAUCAACAAAGUAAAAGAGUAUUCGAAGCGUUCGGGAAAUGGAUCCUUAGCCCCGAUGGGGGCGAAAAAGAUGCAAGGCCAGCUGCGCUAGUGGUGCGACAAGUGGAGACAAUACUGUCGAUAAUAGGAACACAAACCGUUGAAAGCUUGUUUGACAAGGCUCUAAUUCGCGACAAGUUUUAUCCAGAGUCGAGAGCGUCGCACAAGGCAGCAACCACAAUCAGUUAUCUUCAUUCUUUGCGCAAGUUUUAUACGUUCGCUACAACCGAGGAUGACAUCGGGCUUCCCAGAGGAUGUGAAAAAAAACGGCAGACGCCCUCUUUAAAAAAAUGUGGGCAGUGGUGUAAAAGUCUUCGUAAAGAGGUUAAAGAGAGAUUUUGGGAGAAACAAGAAGAAGAUCUUGCACGUCUUAUUACCCCAGAAAAAGUUCAAGAGUUUGCUAAGUCAGAGUUUGCUCGUAAUCAAGUCAAGGUCAUUGGCGAUUUGAUAGACGAAGGCCAGAAUUCUACACCUCUAGGCCAAAUUGAGUACUGUGAUUUGAGAAACUUCUUGUUCAUACACCUGCUUUCCCAGAAUGGGCAUAGAAGCGGUGUCAUAACGAACAGUACUCUAGAUGAGUACAAGGAAAUAAGCUGUGUCGAUGAAACAUACAUGAUAUCUGUUAAAGAUCAUAAAACAUACAGUCAGCAUGGCCCAGCAAAUCUCUGCUUCGAUGAAAGCCUCAAAGGUUGGUUGGACAUUUACGUCGAGCACGCAAGGCAGCAAGUUGUGAAGGGCGGUGGAUCCACUUGCUUGUUCUUAAACUGGAAAGGAGCGAAGAUGCAGAGCAGCGAUCUGUCAUCAGCUAUGACAAGCGCCUGGCGAAAGGGUGGUAUGAUUGAUAAGGAAACACGUAUCUCAGGAACACUAAUGAGGAAGUCAUGCACAACAGCAAUUCGACAGUACAAUAAAGAGGUCAAGGGUAAUGUCGCCGCACAUAUGGCACACACUGAACGAACUGCAGAUAAGCACUAUCAUCUCGUGCAAAAGCGCACAAACUCCGCUUUUGCUGCUAGGCAAUUGACGGCCGUAAUGCAUGGUAGGCCGAGUUCUCCUUCUGUACCAUCACGUAGCAAAAAUGAUGACAUCGAGCAACCUAGUAUGAGAAAAGAUGAUUUUGAUUCACCUCCUGAAGGAAAAGAUGAUGGUGAUCUUGAUGCGGUACCUGUACCUCCGGUCCGCCAGACCUGGACAAAGGAGGAGGAAAGAGCAAUAAAAGAAACCUUCGCAGAUAAUAUCAGCCGCCAAUCAAUUACGUUACGGGAAGUCCUUGCUCUUAAGCGCACAAAUCCACUGCUCGUAGACUGUGAAAACAAAAGACUGUUGGACAAAGUGAGAGGAUUGUACAGGUUCAAGAAAUCUCAGGGUUCUCUUUUUGAAGACGUGGAGGCCAGUGAUUGUAAUGACAAUGCGAGCGACUCGAACUCAAUUAUAAGUCCGACUACAACUCAAGGAAAAUCGAGAGUUUUUGAAGAAGAGGAGGUGAUGGUCCUUUCAAAACUUUUUAAGGACUUGAUUCAAGGCAGUCAAAAGAUUGAAUCAAAAGAUGUUGUACAGCGAUUAAACGAGACCGGCCAUGAAGACAUCAUACAAAAAUAUUCUAAGCAGAAAGUUACUGACAAGAUCAGAGGUCUUCGUGCAACUCACAUCAGGCAGUGGAGAAAGUAA